GUGUGUGUGUGUGUGUGUGUGUGUGUGUGUGUGUGUGCGCGUGCGUACGUGCGCGCGCGCUUUGACGUGAUUGGCUGAGCGGUUGUCAGGACUGUUUACAGGAAACAUGGCUUCCCUGUCUGUUGGAGAGCUGCAAGAAAUGGAAGUCGACCGAAGGGGAGAGUCUGAAGAGUCCGGUGAUGAUGAGACCCGGAGGAGAAGUAUCAAUGGUGAUAUGGAUCCCAACCAGCCCUCUACCACAAGUAAGGAAGAGUCUCCUGUUGAUAUGGACACCAUAACCUUGAACCCAGAGGAAGAGGAUGUUGAUCUUGUUCAUUGUCGUAUUGAGAUUGAGGGGCUAGAGGUGCUACAGAAGGCUAAAACUCUCUCUUUACGACAGAAUCUCAUCACAAAGAUAGAAAACCUCGACAGUUUGAGCUCCCUGCGGGAACUUGACCUCUAUGACAAUCAUAUCCGGAAACUGGAGAACCUGCACAGCCUCACAGAGUUGGAGCAGCUUGACGUGUCCUUCAACUUAAGGAAGGUGGAAGGUUUGGAGACGUUGAAUCAACUGAAGAUUUUUUUGCUUCACAACAAAAUUAGCCACAUUUCCAACCUUGACCACUUGACAGGCCUGGAGAUGCUGGAGCUGGGCUCCAACCGCAUCCGGGUCAUAGAGAAUCUGGAUUCACUCACCUCUUUGCAAAGUUUGUUCCUUGGCAGAAAUAAAAUAACAAAGCUCCAAAAUCUGGAGGGUUUACACAAUCUGACAGUUUUAAGCAUUCAGAGUAACCGCAUCACUAAAAUCGAGGGCCUACAGAACCUUAUGAGCCUGCGAGAGCUCUACCUGAGCCACAAUGGCAUUGAGGUCAUCGAGGGCUUGGAGAACAAUAAAAAACUCACAACCUUGGACAUCGCGGCUAAUCGAGUAAAGAAAAUUGAAAACAUCAGCCAUCUGACAGAGCUGCAGGAAUUCUGGGUGCAGUCAAACUUCUGACAUUACAAGACUUUUGUCGUUAUUAUCUAUAUGGUGCUGCUUUCUUAAAGCAGAU